ACACAGACACUCCUCCUGUGAGCAUUUGUGAGGCAGCUCCUGUCCCUUAUGUCUCUUUGUGGGGAACAGAACCGACUUCCCAGAGCAUCACUGAAGACAAGAUAGAACUCCAGGGAAGACACCUCCGGCUGCAGACCUCUGUGCCUCAGCAGCAGCGCAUGCCAAAAUGUGCACAUGGAGAGAAAAGGGCAGAGCAACUUGAGCUGGAGUAAAGAAAUAAAGUCCAGAAGAAGAGGAGCAACUUGACACUUCAAGAAGUCAGCUCUGGAGUAAAGUGGAGAUGAUCAGCAGGUGAGAAUCAACAACGCCGGACUGGACCUCUAAGAAAAAGACAACUCCAGAACCCUUCUCUGACAGACACUGGUAUUAUGAAAAUGAGAAGCUCUUUAAAGAACAUCUUGAAAGGCCCCAAGAGUCCUCUUAAUUCAUCAGCCAGGCGUUUAUCUUAUUUCUCCAGCUUCCUUUGAGACGGGACAUUAAAGACUUUGUUGCGCUUUGGGAGUGAGUAAUAUUUCUUAUACRAAGUCUUGAAACUUUACAGCUGUUUACUGGAGGGAGAGAGAAAAAAGCCCAACGCAAAAUAAAAUUGUGUUAUGUAGUAUUUCGUGAGGGGAGAGUGUUUCUGGACUGACGGCACAUUGAGGACUGCAGAUAUGUUUACAGGGUGUGGAGUUGUCAGUGGCCAGAACCAGUGUCUGACCAACAACGCAGUCAAACCUCAACCAGGACUGGAGGUAAAUAAACCAAUUCAAUACGACAAUGGUAUAAUCCAUGAGACCUGCCCAAUCUUCCAGGGUCAAAAUUACACAAACUCUGUGACGCAGCCAGUGGGGUUGAAYGGUGUUUCGAACAUUCAGAAACCCAUACCACUGCCGAUCUCUCCUCCAGCAAUUAAACUGGGGCAGGACGGAUUCAAAAAAGUUUGCCGCACCGAGGAGGAGAGCCCCUGUCCUUUCCCGGGUCUGCCCUCCGGGGUGCUGGAGAUGCGUGUGAAAGAGGGAAGCAAGAUUCGCAACCUAAUGGGAUUUGCAAUGGCACGGAUGCAAGGAGAGAAGGGUGGAAGUGGGGGGAGCGCGGGCGCCGCUGGUCUCAGGCAGGUGGUCUUCACUGGGUCGGGUCGAGCCGUCACAAAAACCAUCACCUGCGCUGAGAUCAUGAAACGAAAAGUGGGCUGUCUGCACCAGCUGACCAAACUGCAGUAUAAGGUGGUGAAGGAGGUGUGGGAGAGUAACCAGGGGUCGACGUCUGAGAUGACGGUGCACAGGACAGUUCCGUCCAUCAGCAUCCUCCUUUCAAAAGACCCUUUGGAUCCACAGGAGCCAGGCUAUCAGCCUCCAGAGGCUUUUAGUGCAUUAUGGGAGGACAGAGCGGGGUCUGAAUCUGCUGCUCCAACAACAUGCAAGAGACCUCUUGGAUCUUCACCGUACAGUGGUUUCUCUCACCCUAAAAAACUGUGUUUGGGGUCAGCGAGUCUCAGUCCUUCCUCCUCGCUGACCAGCUGAACCAGUGUCACAGUGGAGAGGAUUGAAUCAGCGAAGUUCAUUAUUCUGCUGCACUCCGCUCCCAGCACAAUGCUGAGACAAUCAGAACAUUCACUCAGUCAGAACAAYGAUUUCUUAUAGGAACUGAAGGCUCCAGAGGUCAGUUUGACCAGGACCGAAAGCCUUACACCUGUACAUAGAUCAUUUAUAGGACGUGUUUCAACAUCUCCAACAUUCACAAAACUGUGAUGAUAUGUUCUACUGUUCAACAUGACUGUGUACGGAUUGAAAUCAUUUUCCACAGUGACAACUACAACAAAAAAAGAAAGAAAAAAAAGAAAAAGCCAUAAAUUGUGCAGGUUCCAGGUUACCAUUUCAGUAAUCUACAACUUGUAGACAUAUUUACUUAGUAUUACCUUACAAUCAUCUGUAUUCAUAAAUAAUCUUAAAUAAAGCUUUCCAGAUAAAAAAAGGAUUUAAGAAUACAAAAUAAAAAAGAGCGUCAAGCCGCUGAUGAUAUGCAAAUCCAAAACAUACCAAUUUGUUUUUCUGAUUAUCAAUUCUCACAGUUUUUUGUCAAAGGAAAACUUUUCUUUCUUUCUUUCUUUCUUUUCUUUUUUGUUCUUUUUUUUUUCUUACCCAUUCAUCACUGAAUAUGCAAAGCUCUGAUGGGACAAAAAAAAAAAGAUAAAUGAAUAAAAAAAUCAGAGUGUGCUGAUGUUUUGAUAAAAAUACCAGCAGUGAAAUUUGUCUGUAGAAAACAGAUUUAAUGACAAAGCUGUUGAUAAGGCUCCAAACCAACUCAGCCUGACAGAAAUGCCGAGGGGAGAAAUACAGGCACAGAUUAUCAUUAAGAUAACAAUGCAACAUCACAGAACACAGUGAAGAAAAGGAUUUAAACUUGGCUUGACAGAGCUUUACACUGCACUGUUCCUACAAAAUAUGAAACCAAGGCAACAAGGUACACUUCUUUUUUAUUUCUCUUUCUUUUUUUUUGGCCUACCUGCCAUCCAGUGCAGCACAUCUUUUGUCAUCGUUUUUUGCCUGUUUAAUCUUGGAUUUCCCAAACAGAAUAAACUGUGGGAAGAAACAGUCUCAAAGGAGUUACGUCUAAAACAACACCAUGCAACUUCUAGUUGACAAAAAAUAAACAAGACGGCUUCUGAA